UAUUACAUUACGCGCAGCGCGAGUGAGGUUGAUGGAAACUCUACCUUUUCACAAGACUUAAGAUCUAAGUCCAAACAAAACAUUAAUUUGUUGCUAUUUCAUGAAAUCCACUGGACAACAGUGAAUGCGAUGGCGACUUCACAAUUGGGAAAGCAUGAACCAAGUUCAGGGGGACAACAAGAGUGGAAAAGAAACAGCAUUGCCCUCCCUAUAGAAUUUUCCAAACUGAGGAUUGUCAUAGUGGGGAAGACAGGAGCAGGGAAGAGUGCAUCAGGAAACACCAUCCUGGGAAGAACAGCGUUUGAAGUAGAUUGUGCUGCCCAGUCUGUGACAAAACAAUGUGAUAGGAGCAGUGAGACAGAGAGGGGCAUCACAGUCAUCGACACCCCAGGUCUGUUUGACACUCAACUCCCAGAGUCUUCAGUGAGGACCCAACUGGUGGAGUGUAUCGCCCUCUCCUCUCCUGGACCCCAUGUCUUCCUGCUUGUUGUCCAAAUUGCUCGCUUUACAGAAGAAGAGCAGAACGCUGUUAAGAGGAUCAAGGACAUCUUUGGAGAGGCAGCAGUAAGACACACCAUGGUUCUGUUUACCUGUGGAGAUAGAUUAAAAGAUAAGAAAAUUGAGGAGUUCAUCAAAGAGGCUGGUGCAGGUCUGAAGCCGCUCAUUAAGACAUGUGGAAACAGAUACCACGUCUUCAACAAUGAGAACAUAGACGACCGUGAGCAAGUAAAGCAGCUGAUGGAUAAAGUUACAACCAUGGUGAAAGAGAAUGAAGGGAGCUGUUACACCAACGACAUGUACCAAAAGGUUGAGAAAGCCAUCCAGAGGAGAGAGGAAGAACUGAAACAGGAGUAUGAAAAAGAACUGAAAGAGAAGGAAGAUCUGGAGUCAGAAUUAGAGCGAGCAAUGAAGGCACUGGAUCUGAAAGACUCUUAUAUACAAGAAAAACAUAAAGAGAUAGAUGACCUGCAGGGACAAGUGAAACGGAUUAGAGAGGACAAAGACUUGCUAAAAGAGAAGAAACAGAGAGUCAGAGAGAAGGCAGAAAAAGACUUUGACAAGAAAAGUAUUGUUGUUAAAUUCGCUAGAAAAUCUGCUGAACGCUGUACCCAACAAUGAUGUUCUACACAAACAUGUUGUAAAAGAGCAGAGCAGUGUCAGAGACUGUUGGCAUGGCGUCGUUAUGAAGGUAAUGAUUGACUUCAUAACUAUCACUCCAUAGUUUAGGAAGCCAUGGUAGGCUUAGGCAGCCAUUUUACUGUAAGUGAUUAUACAUGGACUCUGCAAGUACAACAACAGCCAGCAUCUGAGCACUAAUGUUGCACAUUAACCCAGUUCAAACACCUGUAAUAUCUGCCAGACAAAGACAAUGAUACAAAUAAUGAUUCUGUUGAUGGCUUUUUGCAUAAUGAUUGCUUACAUAAUGCAAUAUUAAUCUCAUGUUAAUGUAGAAUAUAUUCUAUGAUUAAUAUAUUUUCAUAGAAUUUUAGAGGAGUUUGUCAACCAUAUGAACUUCAUUAGUGUGUGUUGGGUUUGCACAGAAAGGCACUGAGCAGUGUAAUAGUUAAAAAUAGUGCUGGUUUAAAAAAACAAAUGAAGUUCAUUUAAUAUUUGUUCCUGUUUGCUCAUGAAAAGACACAAACCACGAAAGCAAUAUUUUUACAGUAUCAAUACAAUGUCCAUGAAAAUUAGCAGCCAUGGUAUACUUAAGCAAUUAGGCACCUUGGGGGUGUGGUAUAUGGCCAAUAUACCAGGCUAAGGGCUGUUCUUAACACGACGCAACGCGGAGUGCCUGGAUACAGCUCUUGGCUGUGGUAUGUUGGUCAUACACCACAAACCCCCGAGGUGUCUUAUUGCUAGGAUAAACUGGUUACCAAUGUAAUUA